UCUGAGACGGGGGGGUGAGAGGGUUUUCAUGGAUGAAGUCAGCUUGCACCGAAGGGAGAGAAGUAAGAAGGACGAAAAGUGGAUGUUUUGAUAGGUUUGAAGUUGUGCUGGAGUCUGAAAUGUUUUACGUUUAACGCUUGCUGUGAAAGGAUUACGUCAUUCAUCUGGGAGCACGUCACAGAACGGAAUGUGCGUUGGUGUAACUGAUCCUCUGCGUGCUGAUGUCUGAAGAGCUUUAGCAGGAGAAGAGCAGUAAGCAUGGACAUGGAAGACUUUCCUCCCCCGCCUCCUGAAAUGUUGGCAGGUGACAUCUCUUUUGCAGAUGAAGAUGAGGGGGAACCCUUCGAUUUUGACGACAUCCCCGAGGCUGCCUCCCCGCCGCCCGUGCUCCCCGUCAGCAGGGAUCAGAACAAGGACAGCACUGUGAACAGGCAACGCUCGGACCUCCUCCCCACUGCGGACCCCCCAGUGCCUUCGUCCGCAGCUCCAUCAUCAGCAGAUGGAACAGUUGCCACAGCAGGUGGUGCAGCAGCAGAAGCUGAAGGGACAUCUGCUGCUGAGGGGACUGAUGACAGGGAGAAUGAUUUACCACCGCCUCCACCUCCGCUCCCUCCUCUGGAUGAUGACACAGAGACACAUCCUGCAACAACAGUCAGUGAAGGCCAGAAAGUAUCCGUCAGCAGCGCUCACGCUCCACACGUCGCCCCCGGUUCCUCCUCCCAGGGCAAAGUCAACCCCUACUCUGUGAUUGACAUCACUUCCUUCCAGCAGCAGCAGCUUGACCAGCAGCAUGGACCCGCCUCUCCCACCCCCUCGCCCACGGAGCCCAAAGAACGAGAGGCAGAAGGCCAGGAUCCUCCCGGCAGCCCUGCUGGCAUCGCCUCAGGAUACUCGGUGCCUGUGCCGUGUGGCUAUGCGACCCCCUCUGGAGUACCGCUCAUCACCCCAGCUUACACCACGCCUGUCAUCAUUCGACACCUCUCCGUGGAUGAAGAUGUGAUGCUGGCUGGGACUGGGAACACCUCAGCUGACAGUGUUUUCAGUGAAGAGUAUCCACCUAUCAGAGAAGAGGAUGCUUUGGCAAAAUGGGCAUCAGAUCCAGCCAACACCGCAUGGAUGGAAAAUCCACAUGAGGUGAUUUAUGAUGAUGUGCCCAGAGAAAACUCCGACUCCAACACAGAUCCAGAUGAGAUGAUCUACGACGAUGUGGAGCUCGGCGAGGAGGGCGGCUGUAACAGCUCCCUCGACAAUGGCUGGAGCUCUAGCGAGUUUGAAAGCUACGACGAAGCCAGCGACGGGGAAGGUCGGCCUGAGAAUGGCCUGCCCCACGCCUUCAUGAGAGGGAAGCCGCCCCAGAGGAAGACUCAUCUCUCUCAAGAUCUGACACGCUUGAAAGAACACUAUGAGAAAAAGAUGAAAGAUCUAAUGGCAAACACAGUGGGAACGGUAGAGCUGCAGCAGUUAAAACAGAAACACGAGCAGAAGAUGCAAAAGCUGGUGAAGGCUGCAAAGGAAGGGACCAAAGACGGACUCGAGAAAACCAAAGCUGCAGUAAAGAAGGGACGCUCCUUCAUCAAAACCAAGUCUUUCUGUCAGGAGAAGUCGGCCUGUUUUGAGGAUGAGGAGUCUGGACUCUUCAUUGAGGUGGACUGUUUUAAUGUUGAGCCAGUGCUGUGUCCAGCACCAGAGGCUCUGUCACAGCAGCAGCUGGUCAGAAGAUGCAUCCUGGGAUCUAUUUUGGAGAGCGAGAAGAAUUAUCUCGAUUCUCUGAAGAGGAUUUUAGAGCAAUACGAGAAGCCCCUGUCGCAGAUCGAGCCCAGACUGCUGAGUGACAGGAAACUGAAGAUGACUUUCUAUCGCGUGCGUGAAAUCCUGCAGUGCCACUUCCUGUUCCAGAUCGCCCUGGCGAGCCGUGUGGCGGACUGGGACAGCCUGGAGAUGAUUGGGGAUGUCUUUGUGGCGUCGUUCUCCAAGUCCAUGGUGCUGGACGCCUACAGCGAGUAUGUGAAUAACUUCAGCACUGCGAUGGCAGUCGUGAGGAAGACGUGCGCCUCCAAACCGGCAUUCCUGGAAUUCCUCAAGCAUCGACAGGAAACCAGCAGUGACCGAAUGACUCUGUACGGCCUGAUGAUGAAGCCUAUCCAGAGAUUCCCUCAGUUCAUUUUGCUGCUGCAGGACAUGCUGAAGAACACACCAGUGGGUCACCCGGACCGUCUGCCCCUGCAGAUGGCCCUGACUGAACUGGAGACUCUGGCUGAGAAGCUCAAUGAAAAGAAGAGAGAAGCCGACCAGCGCUGCGAGAUCCGUCACAUCGCAAAGGCCAUGAACGAACGCUACCUCAACAAGCUUCUAAGUAACGGCAGCCGCUACUUGAUCCGCUCAGACGACAUGGUGGAAACGGUCUACAACGAGCGUGGGGAAAUCAUCAAAACCAAGGAGCGACGCCUGUUCCUGCUCAACGAUGUGCUCAUGUGUGCCACGCCCAAUAUCCGAUUUCAGGAUGGCAGUGGGAGUGGUAGCGGAAGCGUAACAUUUGACCAGAAGUUCCUUCUGAAGUGGAGCGUGCCUCUGAGCUUCGUGGAGGUGCUUGAGUUCGGGUCCAGCGAAGACAUGGCCGACACCGGCCGCUUCCCAGCUCCUCAUUCGGGGGAGAAAGUGGUGAUCAGCGCCAAGCCAAAUAAACUGUACAUGGGCCCUGGUCAGCUGUACCAAGACCUGCAGAACCUGAUCCAUGAUCUCAGCCUGGUCAACCAGAUCUCCACCAUGAUUGGCAGCCUCAAGGGAAACUACCAGAAUGUAAAUCCCACCGUGGCCCAAGACUGGGUAUCAGGACUCCAGAGGCUGAUACUGAAGAAGGAGGAGGAGAUCAGGGCAGCUGACCGGUGCAGGAUCCAGCUCCAACUGCCUGGCAAACAAGACAAGACGGGGAAGCCGACCUACUUCAGUGCAGUGUUCAAUACUCUCAGCCCAGCCAUCAAACAGUCAUGGAUCAGCAACUUGCAGAUGGCGAAGCUGGCUCUUGAGGAGGACAAUGUGCAGGGCUGGUUCUUUGCAGAGGAUGAUGGAAAUCAAAUGAAAAAGCAGAAACACCCCCUGCUGCUUCGACAGAUGCCCGUGGUCAUGUCCAAACUGCAGGAGUUUAAGGUGGAGUGUGCUGUUCACAACCCAGAGCCCCACAUCAACACAGAGAGCACAGCAGACACCCCGGUGGUGGGACAUGGAUGUGUCUGGGUUGCGAGUUGCACCAACCAGAUGGGACAGAUUGCCAUAGUGGCCAUGCAGAACUCCAGCCCUAAGGUGACCGAGUGUUUCAACGUGGAGUCCCGGAUUCUCUGCAUGGCGUACGUCCCAGCUGAGCAACGCGAGGAGAACGGUGAAAACGUCCCUGACGAUAACCUGGUGUCCUCGGCGAAGGCCAGCGAUACCCCCAGCGUCUGCCUGGGCAUGGAGGAGGGGAGCAUCAUUGUGUACAAGAGCAGCCAGCGGUCUAAGAAGGUGCGUCUGCAGCAUUUCUUCACCCCAGACAAGUCCACUGUCACCAGCCUGGUGUACAGGAAGCAGUGCCUGUACGCUGGGCUGGUCAGCGGCUCCGUGGCGAUCUACUCCAGAUCAACAGAUGGAUUGUGGAACAGCGACAAGCCCAAAUUACUGAAGCUGGGAGUGCUCCCUGUGAAGGCCAUGCUGGCUGUGGAGGAGCACCUCUGGGCCUCGUCGGGUGGACAGGUCUUCAUCAUCAGCACCCACGCACACUCUGUAGAGAGGCAGUUAGAGGCCCACCAGGACGAGGGCAUGGUGGUGUCGCACAUGGUGGUGGCCGGGGGGGGCAUAUGGAUCGCCUUCAGCUCUGGUUCCACGCUGCGUCUCUUCCACACCGAAACCCUAGAGCACCUGCAGGACAUCAACAUCGCCACACCUGUCCACAGUAUACUUCCAGGGAACCAGAGAGUGUCGGUGAGCAGUCUGCUGGUUUGUCAUGGUCUGCUGCUGGUAGGGACCAACUUGGGAGUGACUGUAGCGCUCUCUGUCCCCAGACUGCAGGGCAUCCCUAAAGUAACAGGUCGGGGUAUGGUGUCCUUACAUGCUCACAGCGGACCGGUGAAGUUCCUCACCGCCGCCGCUGCAGUGUGUAACCAGGCGUCAGGCCCACUGCAGCCUGCAGAGUCCAAGAAUGUGGAGAGCACCCAGCCUCCAUCAGACUCGGCCCCGACCCCCUCGCAGGGACGAGGGGUGUGGCUGGGAGAGGCAGGCUGCACUGCCAUGGCUCUCCAGGACUCCCUGUCCUCCUCAUCCUGUGGCUCUCUGGCUCCAUCCCAGGGUUCCUUGGAGCACGGGCCUGAGGACGGGGCCCUUUAUGAUGUGCUCCACGACCCAGCCCAUCACCAGAGAGGCCGCCGCUCAAGUAAGGUGGACGUCAGCUCUCUCUUGGUGGUCUCUGGAGGUCUGGGACACCGCAGGGUCAACAAGAAGACCAAGCAGUCUCGCCAUGAGGACACCACCUCUACCAUCAUGAUCUGGCAGAUCCCCUUACUCAACAUGUGACACCAGCACCAAGGUGACUCCAGAAGUGCUGCACACAACAAGAUCUACUGUUAACACUUGACAGAAUAUUUGGGAUCAAUCAAAGCAACUAAGUGUCUCAUUUAAACCGGAACGGGACAAGAUCCGAAAAAACAGGAGGAAAUGACAGCUACCGACGGUCGAAGGUGGUGCUGAGGACGGACCUGUUGGAGAAACCGUCUCUGUUGCUACCGAGUGUUGGACGUUGCUCUGUAACCUAGCUAACACAUUUCAGUGCUCUCCAGUGUUUCAGGUCCAACGUAUGGAUCUGCAGUAUUUAAAUCAGUGUUGAAAAGAAAUUAGGAGAUAACAGCGGCGGUCCCGACUGCUUGAAGACGCGCGAGGUAUCUGCUGUCACGUGAACGUUUGUUGUAAGAUUAGAGCUGGGCUUUGGACAGUGUUUAGAUCAGAGUUGGACUUUCUAAGUGUGACGGCUCAGGAUUAUGUGCGUGUGUGUGUGUGUGUGUGUGUGUGUGUGUGUGUGUCCUUGUGGAAACCAUUUCCUCUUGUGCCAGCUCUCUGAUGCUCAGACUAUUAUGUUAACAGAGAAAAGGGAUUUUUAAAAAGGUGAACUUCAGAUGAAUAAAUGAGUUUGUGAAGGCCUGAUGAGGAUCCCUGGCUGGCCAGGUUUCUGUUCUUAAAGGGAGGAAAGACUUGCUGCCAACACGACACAUUUUCUUCUUUUUUUUAUCCUAAUUCACUUUUUUUCUGGCAUAAGGAUGUUUUAAGAAAAUAUAUAUAAAAGAUUUAUACUUUUCUCAUGCCUUUUAUGUACUUAUGUAUAUUAACAAAUCUAUAAACACUGUUUUAUUGAGCAAA